UUGCUUCAACUCCUUGUCAUUCAUGUACUUUUUAUUGUAUUAAAUUUUCGUCUACAGUUUCAAAUUCAGCACAUUUUUUCCGAUUCAGAUGGUAUAUGACAUGUACCAAUGUAACAAUAAUCAGUGGGUAAAAAAUGGACAAGAAAAUAACAAGUCUAUCUGACAGAGGAUCGCCGAGGCGCUGGUAACUUGAUAAUAGCAGUAGCAGACAUAACUAUGUGAUAUUCUCUGUCUCGCCAUCCGUCACCCUAAGAUGGCCGCCAGUUGCUUCAAAAUCCAGGUUCUGGGAACCGUCUAUGUAUAUAACUCGGUGGUCGGGUCACACCACACACUGCGCUCCUUGCAGAGAGGAGCGUAGUAGUGGCGUGCGGUCAGCGUGGAGAAGGAGCAGUCUGCACCAGGAUCAAAGGACAGGGUCUACCGGAUAGUGCGUCAAAUUUCUAAUCAACUGGCCUAUGACGUCAUCAGGCGGAAGGACAGAUGAGGCUGAGCAGGUCUGCUGUCUACACAAUGUUGCAGACUCGUGCCCAAAAGGAUCGUGUUGUCACCUCCCUGCCACCACCCUUCAUCAGACAGGCAAGUCCCCACACCCAUGAUGACUUCCAUGAGGAGGUGAGGAAUGCAGCAAAUGGGGACCACAUGCUGCAAGCUGGCCUCAAGAUCUCCAAGAUGAUUGUGUUGGGGGAUGUGGCCACCGGAAAGACUUGCCUCGUCAACAGGUUUUGUCACCAAGUUUUUGAUGCCAACUACAAAGCAACAAUAGGCGUAGACUUUGAGGUGGAGAGGUUUGACAUCCUGGGCAUCCCCUUCAAUCUGCAAAUCUGGGACACUGCUGGGCAAGAGAGAUUCAAAUGCAUUGCUGCUUCCUACUACAGGGGUGCAAGUGCUGUGAUGAUCGUGUUUGAUGUGACCAACAUUGUGACACUGGCCCACACUUCCCAAUGGCUGGAGGAAGCCCGGCAGGCCAAUGCAGACCGCCUCACCCCCUUGGUAUUCUUGGUGGCAACCAAACGAGACCUCAUGACAGGCAAGCAGUCCACAGUCAGGAUUGGCCAUAGGUUGGAGGACACCUUUGAAGGCCACAAAAAAGCCAAGUGUGCAACAUGCAACAAGUAGCACUUUGGGCCCUGAUGAGUGUGGCUCCAGAGUCCUUUCCUACUGCCCUCGGUAGCAGAUAUCUCAGUAAUGGUAAUUAUAGACAAAGCACUUAACUCUUCACGCAAUGGUAGUGUGAAGAUUUACUCAAGUUAUGAACAAUGAAGCUAUUAGUAUAGGAAGGUUGCUUUUAAACCAGUGAUAGUCAGAGUGGUUUUUCAAUACCUUGAUGAUUACUUUUGAAUGUUAACCUUUUCCAUUCAUGACGCAGACGUCGGCGACACAGUAUGGAAAGGGUCAAGAGGAAAUGGAAGAGGAUUAAUUCUCUUCUAAACCUCUCAAUCCUCCUCUAAAUUCCUCUUAAUCCUCUUCCAUUUCCUCUUAAGAGGUUUAGAAGAGGAUUAAGAGGAAAUAGAAGAGGAUUAAGAGGUUUAGAAGAGGACUAACCCUUUCCAUACGGUGACGCUGUCGGCCGCCGAUGUCGCGUCGCUGGAGUGAAGGGGUUAAAGAAGGAAUGCUUCUCCAAAAGCUCUAAUUUUUUUGUCCAAAGAAAUAGCAUCAUCAUGUGGACCUUUUUUUUUAACAUUAAAUGUUGACGGGAAGAGGAGACCUUAUUUUAGUCCAUGAUAGUCAGGAUACACUUUUGCUCCAGUAUUGUGUUAAGGUGCUCACCUGUGUUUGUCAUAAAAGCUUGACAUGGUGGGAGCACAAGCAAUUCUUUCCCACCAUAGUGACAGCCAUGAUGCUGAUAGAAGUUAGUGUAAAUAAUUCUGCAUUUCUGUGGUUAGUCACACUAAAGACAGCAUUGCUAGAGGAAAAUGCUUUGAGACAACACAUAUUGCUUCCUAAUGUUGGUGCUGCUACCUUAUAUUGCACAAUGAAUGAUACACAACGGCCUCCCUCCCCCUGACCGUCACCGCCAUGAGGCUGCUGCUUCAGGGACCUUGUGCCUUGUCCAGCCAAGAGGCCCCUCUGGUGCAGUUUCCAGCCUCUUUUUAAUGUAGGAAUGCAUGGAUUCUGCUUACCAGCAGUUUAUGUUAGUCUAUUGCUGUGUUCUCAGCCAAGUGACCUGAUGUUUGCCAGCCUCCUUAAGUGACUUGUUACCGUUGAGAUGACUCACUGUUGUGUAUAGAGGUGAUGUUUGGCAUAUCACUCUGGGUAAAUUUUUUGUGCUUACAGGUGCUUAUUGUAUGUUACUCCUGUAAAGCACAACUUUAUAGCAUAAGAUGAACAAGUGUUGCUGCUCAUGCUGUGAUAAAGGCUUAUAUGGCAGCUCAACUUAGUUUUCUGAGUUAAUAUGAAAAGUGACUGAUGGUUUUCCCUUUUCUACCUGGAACUAGUCAACUUCAUCAGUAGAAUGCUUUGUUGUGGAUGAGAACUAAACCAAAGGAACAUUAAGGCAUUUAUUUGUGUUAGGAUGUUUAGGGAAGGGAUGCACAUGUUUGCAGGUACAUGUUCACAAGAUGCAUGGGUGUAUUUGGGUUUGCAUGCAUGUCCGAAUUGGGUGUGUAUAUGCGGAAGCACAUGUGCCUGCAACAGGGCUUCAAUAACAGAGGACAGAAUUUUGCUUCCACAUUAUUAUUUUGUUUAUUUUUGCAUUUGCAAAAUACGUUUCAUUCCCUCACUUUCUAAACAUUCACAUUGAAGUUUUAGUUUUAUGCUAUUGAUAUAAUAAAGGUAUUUAAUUCUACCAUUGUGUAAGUUUUUGACAAGAGGUUUUCUGUACUUUUUUUUGCAUAGAAUUGUUGCAGUGACAAGAUUUCCUGUUAUCAUUUGUUUACUUGAUGAAAGAUGUUUGUCAUGAACCA